AUGGAGAAUAAUCAAUACGAUGAAUAGUAUCAUUUUAUUCCCUAGAUUUAAUUAAAUGGGAAUUAAAAUUAAAAUAUAGAAUUAUAGAGAGAGGAGAAUAUUGAUUCUUGGAGCUAUUGCUUAUUAAUAACAUGUGGGAUGAGUGCCUUAAUGGGAGGUUAUUUUUUAUCUGGAAUGACUUCUUAUAAAGAAAAUUAACCUGAUGAAUGCAUGAUUAUCAUUAGAACAAUCAAAUAUUACUCUUAAUACUUAAUAAUUGAUGGGGCAGCUUAAAUGUAUAUAUUCAAUCACAUCAUAAAGAAUUGUUAUUUUUAUUAUUUCAUGUUGUUUGAGGCCAUUUAAAAAAUACAAUAUUAGAAAGUAAGUGGAUAAACAAUUAUUAUUUUAAUUUUUUGAUUAAUUGUUAAUUUUUAUUGUAAUAAUCAUAAUAGAAACAAUAAUAAAGGAUAAAAAAAGAUGCAUAACAAUUGGAACUAACUUAUUAAUAAUAUUAUAUAUGGUCUUAGUUUAUAUUCUGACGUUUUUAUUGUCUGUACAAGUUUGGAAUUUAUGA